AUGGUGCUGGUGCUGACGAGGGCCCUCCUCUCGGAGGGGGCAGCCCUUCCCUCGGAGGGGGCAAGGACCGUCCCCUCUUCUGCCCGGGAGGAGGCAGAGCCCGGGUGGCGACGCCGCGUGUACGGAUGCUGGGCUGUCAUAGGUCGAGGGGCACUCUUCUCAGCACCAGUUUUCGCAGCUGUCCGCCUGCUGUCAUUUUUCCUGUUUAUAUCGGGUGCCGCUGCCACGCUGCGACGGAAGAGGUUUAUUAAGCACGGGUUUCCCAUCUCAUUCGCCCGUGACAGGGUGCAGGGCGUAGGCCCGGGCCGGUGCGGAGAAAGAGCGGGCGCCGAGGGGAUGCGCGGGGGCGCCGUUUGA